GGGCAUGUCUUGUCUAUUGAGUGGGACAUGUAAUUUUCAAGUUCUGAUGGCAUCUAUGACAUCGUUUGUAAUAUAAUUGUUUAUUCAUAUCUUUGUUUAUAUAUUUAGAAUAAACAAUAAUAAUAUGUAGUGUUUUCCAUGGUUUGUAUUAAUAAAGUAUUUUGCCAGUGUUAAGUGAGAAGAUAAGGGGGUAACUCAUUCAACAAAUGUUGUUACUCAGGUUAAAUAUGGAUGAAAACGAUGACACACUACUCGUUAAAAUCGAACCAAAACAAGAAGAAGAAAUCCAUUCCUUUCUUCAGGAACACAUUUCAGUGAGCAAUGAAGUUUUGGUGACGAUAAAGGAUGAAGUUACCAAUAGUACACAGUGUUCUAAAUCUCCUGAUGAAAAUGUACAGCAACAAUCUGACUUCCAAUGUCACCUUUUAACUCGAUGCAAUUACUUCUUCUUCUUGCUUGAUUUCAACUUUUACAAUCGCCGACAUUAUUACACCAGAAGCAGAUACAAUGGUGAACAGGUCCUUCAGGAACUAACCAAAAAGAAUCGAUAUUCGGCAGAAGACGUUUCCCAAGAGAGCGCCUUUGGUUAUUUCACUUCUCCUCGAACACUUGCAAAGUAAUGAAAUUCUUUAUUAAAACAAACCAUGAAGAUCACACUACACAAAUGAUAUGGACGCCAUCUUAAGUUCAUCCACCCGAACUUAUCUACACGUUCUACAGUGUUGUCACUUUUCUAUACGAUCAUACAAACGCAUUGUUGUGAUUAAACUUCUCUUAAGUGAAGUAUGCUUGGUGUAUUUAGAUUAGGGUGACUUCUAACAUUGACGAAUGUGUGUGCCUUGUUGUACGUAAUUAAUAUCUUCCCAUGAGAAAGAGCUCGGGCGCUAGAAUAGAAAUGUAUUCUAGAGCUAAGGCACAAAAGGGAUCCUAGGGCCAUCGAACCUUCUACUUUAGAGGCAUAGCAUCCGCAACC